UCUGUAAGAAAUAGUUAGCCUUGUGAAUGACAAUAACAAAAUAAAAAAAAAAAGAAUGAAUCGAAUACUCACAAAACUAAUCGCUGCAGAAAGAGCUGCGAUUAAAUGUCGAUUUUAUUCAUUACAACGAUCACAAAGAUCAUCAUGUCGUCUAUCUAUUUUGAAUCCAUUGCGACAACCUGCAGAAUUUGUUUGUUGUAUUAAUACAGAUAAUACGAGAACAACUACAGCUGUGACGAUAAAAGUCAUGUCCCAACGACUAAAUAAUGAUAGGAAUGGAGCAAGCGCUUCUAUUCCCAAUAUAAACACAGAAGUAUUGCCGAAUCCAAUGGCAAACAAUAAUAAUAAUAAACAAGACAACAACAACAAGCCAACAAUCGUUUGGGAGUCAGUAGCACAGCAAAGCUUAGAAUCACUGUUGAACUCGAAUAUAAACAAAUCGAGUGAAAAUUAUUAUCUUUGGAACUCGGCUUUGCCUUGUCCAAUGUUUGCCACUUAUGAAAACAAUGACGAGCCUAGACAAUCCGAAAAGUCAUUGACAUUGAGAAGAACAUAUCACCAAUCAUCAUCAUUCGUAAAACAAUCAAACUUAAAUGUGGCUCAUAGAUUAAUAGCUGGAAUUAGUCAACUUGGCAUUGAUAGCCGAUCUGUAUUCACGAAUAAUGAACGAUUGUAUCAAUUUAUAUUGCCUAGCAUACCACAAUGUUUCCGUAAAUUGUGUACAUCAACUUCUAAAAGUACCACCGCGUCAAAUCGAAAUAUUUGUGAGCGUAAUUAUCCAUCGUUCGUGAAAAUAGUUGAAGUUGGCCCACGAGAUGGCCUUCAAAAUGAAAAGGAAUACGUACCAGCCGAAACAAAGAUUAAAUUCAUCAAUCUAUUAUCGGAGAGCGGUUUAAGUGUUGUUGAGGCUACGGCUUUCGUAUCGCCAAAAUGGGUUCCCCAAAUGAAAGAUCAUAAAACCGUAUUCAAGACGUUGACCGACAUGUCGGUCGACCGUACUAUUUCCAGAUCGAUUGGCAGUGAAAAUUCAAUAGUCCAUUAUCCGGUAUUGGUACCCAAUCUAAAAGGCCUGAAAGAUGCCAUGGAAGUUGGAGUGAAAGAGAUUGCCGUUUUCACAACCGUUUCAGAAACAUUUUGUAUGAAAAAUGUCAACUGUACUAUCGAAGAGAGUUUGCUUCGGGUACAGGAAAUACUCAAUUUAGCUCUUAAAAAUGAUGUCAAAGUUCGAGGAUACAUUUCCUGCUGUCUUGGCUGCCCAUAUGAAGGUUUUAUCGCACCACAAAAAACUGCUCAACUAGCUCAUAAACUUUAUGAAAUGGGUUGUUAUGAAAUAUCAUUGGGUGAUACGAUCGGUAUCGGUACUCCUGACAAGAUGCGUGAUCUGAUCGAAGAGACGGCUAAAUAUGUGCCAAUCAAGGUGAUUGCCGUACAUUGCCAUGAUACGUAUGGUCAAGCCUUGGUCAACAUAUUAACAGCACUAGAAAUGGGCAUAGCCAUUGUUGAUUCAUCGGUUGCUGGUCUAGGAGGCUGUCCGUUUGCCAAAGGUGCCACCGGAAAUGUGGCCACCGAAGAUGUAAUUUAUUUACUACAUGGUAUCGGCAUCAAAACGGGAGUCGAUAUAAUGAAGCUUAUAGAAGCUGGUGAUUUUAUUUGCCGUGCUUUGAAACGUGAAACCUCAUCGAAAGUUGGUCGAGCAUUAAUGGCUAAGCUAUCAUCAUAAAGGAUGAUUAAACUUUUACGACUAUAUUAUUGUACCAGCUAUAUAUUGAUUGAGUUGUAUUUGAAUGACGAACAUAUCAGAAUAUUUAUAUUUUGUUCUCAAUUUUCUUUGGCAAUUUAUUAAUUACUUUAAAAAUAAAUGAUUCACAAUUUGCUUGAUCAUUGUCACAUGAAUUGCCUAACAUCAUCAAAUUCAUCGAGAAUAAAAUUCUUUUGUUGUUGUGGCCGA